UUUUUUUUUUUUUUUUUUUUUUUUUGUUCGAAAUAAUAAUAAUCAAACCCUGGAAACGUUUUUUUUCUUUCUUUCUUUCUUAAAAAAGACGAUAUAAUUCCACCAUUUUCUUUUUUGUAAUAUACAAAUAUUUAUACAUUUAAAACAACAAUAAUAUGGGACAUUCUGCACAAGACCAUUCUAGAGAUCCUUGCCCCUGGGUUAUUCUUAAUGAUUUAGGUGGUGCGUUUGUUAUGGGUGCUGUUGGUGGUGGUAUCUGGCAUUCUGUAAAAGGUGCAAAGAAUUCACCUAGAGGUGAACGUUUAGUUGGCGCAGUAUCUGCUAUGAAAGCUAGAGCUCCUGUUUUGGGUGGUAACUUUGCAGUUUGGGGUGGUUUAUUUUCAACAUUUGAUUGUGGCUUGAAAGGUAUCAGACAAAAGGAAGAUCCUUGGAAUUCUAUUAUUUCAGGAGGUUUGACAGGUGGCGUUUUAGCCGCUCGUGGUGGUGUAAAGGCUGCUGCUGUUUCAGCUGUUGUUGGUGGUGCUCUUCUUGCUCUUAUUGAAGGUAUUGGUAUUGGUAUUUCUAGGAUGACUGCUGAUCAAAGUAAGCCUGUUAUGCCUCAACUUUAGAUUUGAAGAGCAUCAUCAUUUAGAUUUCUUUUUAUAUAUGCAAAAAAAAGCAAAGAAAAAAAAAAAGAACAAAGCCUUCCUCUUUUUCACUUUUCUAUAUUCUAAUUACCCCGUGUAUAUAUUAUACAUCUCCCUUCUCUAUUAUUAUUAUAUAUUUUUUUUUAUAUAUAUUUGUGCUUUAUUAUCCAGUCAGGAUACCUGGAUAUCAUUAUCAAUAAACGAUGUUGGAUAAGAAAAGGCACUUUUGUAAUAAUCGCUUAUAUGUGUGAAUAGAG